CAAAUCUUAUUGCUGAGUAUCGUCAUCUUACUGUACUUGAUGAACAAUUUCUUAAUCAAACAAAGACAUAUGUACCAUGUUUAACUGAAUUAAUGGUAAUUUAUAAUGAUUUGAGAAUUAUCACAAAGAACUUUACAAGAGAAGAAACACGACGUAAUUGUGCAAAUAUAAAACGAUUAGUUAUGAGUCCCUCAUUAGUACAUUCACAGAAUUUCUAUGUUUAUUUUCUUUCACUAUUAUAA